GUUGAUAAAAAUAACAUCAAAAAAUUAGGAAGAAUGAAUUUAAUAUUUCUGUUUUUAGCAACAGAACCAAAAUGUUUGUGCAAUGUUUCAACUGUGAAACUUCCUACAUCAAACCUUACCGUUGCAAUCACUGCAACUUCCAAACACAAUUAAGAGUCCUUUUGAAACAACACUUCAAAAACCGUCAUCUUAUCAGCAGAAAAAACGAACAUCCUCCAAUUUCUCCGGAAAUUAUCAUUCAGAACAAUAUUUGUGAAAAGUGCGGCUUUGGAACCCACUUUUCAAUGAAAUGGUUUCAACACGCUGCAACCUGUUUACAAAAUCCAGAAAAGCUUUCACCGACUGACCCCACCAGCGACGUUUCCACAUCACGAUUGUUCCAAUGUGCACUCUGUACAUACCGAACUAAAAACAAGCAAUCCUUGACACACCACAUAAACGUGGUCCAUUUGGAUGAAAAAUACCUCACAGGGUACAAAUGUGACCAAUGCCCAUAUAAAACCACACAAAAGGCAAAUUUAAGAAGACACAUAAAGGCACACCAUGUGGAUGAAUGUGAAAUCAAAUGGCACCACUGCAGUGUGUGUUCUUUCAGGAGCAAAGAGAAAGGCAAUUUGAAAGCUCACAUUAAUGCACUGCAUCUGGACGACUGGAGCGCGAAAUGGUAUGAAUGCAAAAAUUGUCCAUUCAGAACUAAACAUGGUUCGAAUUUAAUAAUUCAUGUGAAGAUGCGCCAUUUGGAUGAGGGAAGUAUCAAGUGGUAUAAGUGCGAGGAGUGUCGGUAUAAAUCAAAACAGAAGACGAAGUUACAGAGACACGUGUCUGCGCGUCAUUUGGAUGAACGGGAGGUUAAAUGGUUUGAAUGUGAAACGUGUUCGUUUAGGAGUAAACGAAUUUCGUGUUUGGCGCAGCACGUAAAGUUUAAUCAUUCUGAUGAAGGGGGUCUUAAGUGGUAUGAAUGCGAAAAGUGUCCAUAUAAAGCUAAAUAUCAUGAGCAUCUAAAGUGUCACAUAAGUGCGAAUCAUUUGUCAGUUCGAGAUGUUAAAACUGUAUGAUUGUGGCGAAUAUCCAGGGAGAACUUGCUUUUCGCAUUAUAUUAACGCACAAAGUGUAAAAAAUGUGUUAUUAAAUACGAUUCAAUAAU